UUCGGGCUGGUGUGGACCACCAUGUUCCUCAUGUGCUCCACCGGCAGCAGGACUCUUACAGGGCUUCAGCGUCCGUGGAGGGUUCUCCCGCCGGUGUUCAUCUUCUCCCUGGCGAUGGGCGGGCUGUGCACCUACUCCUCCUCUGUCACCCACUACGGCUUAAACGAGCUCUGCAUCAAGCUUGGCGAGAUCACGGGCAGUUCCACCUGCACUUACACUGUGAAUGUGGCAACGUUGGCUUACGAGCGUCGCAUCCGCGGCGUGUAUCAAGCCAUCAGGCUCACGAUCCUCACGGCCUGGCUCCACACCAUCUGCUGGCUCCUGUCAGCCCUGCUCACCCUGGCGCGGGUGGCCCUGGCUGUGGACUUCCAGCUGGUGCGCAUUAACGUCGACCUGGUCGGGGAUAUCGACAAAAUGCUGGAACAUCAUGAAACACAGAUACGUACAGUAUCGCCUGAAGUCUGGAUCAACGAUGAAAGAGAUUCUGAAACUUCCAUGGCUAUGCAUCCCACCGGCAGAGUUCAAUUUAAACACAAGAUCAGCACUCAAACUGAGCCUACGCUAGAAGAAGACGUCGAAAUACUCUUUGAAAAUAAAACUGAUGUUCUUUACAUAUCAAAAUUUUCAGAAGUACAUUCAGAGCACUCUUUAGUUCCCGAAGAAAGUCAGAAAAUCGAUCAAAAAGCGGCCUACGAAAAAGUACCAGAAGACAAGCAUUUCAUUGUGAAAAUGGUUUACGAUCUAGUACAAAACAUAAUCCUGGCAGACACGAAUACUUCUUCAACUUUAACAAGCACCUCUGGAACCUCUUUAGAAAGAGAAAGUGAGGUACUGGCUAUUGUUCGACAAAAGGGACAGGAAAAAAUAUCUCUUAGAAGCUCAUCUGCUCAAGUAUCUGGUGCUGAAACACCAUUCAACUUAGCAGAUCCUAUAGAAGCUGAAAAAACUGCGCAAGAGAUACGGCGCUUCUUGCAAGAGAAACUUGAUGAACAACUUCGUGAGCUCCCGAUUCCCCCGUCUUCAUCAAGACCGACGUCGGCUCACAAAAAGCUUAGCCCAUUAUAUGAAUCUACACUAAACAUAACUGAGGAGAUGAAAGAUAUUAUUGAAGCUAAAAAACAAAGCAUUGGCGUUGGACGCAGUGCAUCGAGUGAAUCCGACGAUGAUGCAUCCAAAGUCGCAAAAAAGUCUAAUUUGAAAAAUGUUUCCGUUCAAACUGAUAAGUCGAAAAAGAGAACUGCUUCUCAAAAAGUACAGAUCACGGAGCCUCAAAACGUCGACGAAUCGACGGAGACGGUUCAGGACUCAGAGAAAGAGACACAGACCUCAAAAAAGAAAGAGAAACAAGACUGAUGCUAUUAAUAGAUAUUUUUAUUUUAUUUUUAUCACUAAUCUAGAGAUUCAUUGUCCAAUUAGAUGAUGAGAUGUUUAUGAAAUUCAAUUCAAUUAUUAAGUUGGAGUCCUGCAGCCAUAUAUGAUAUAGGCAUAGCGUGUAGUAUACUAGCUAAUUAGGGGGCGUCCAUAAAUUACGUGAGACAAUUUUGGCCAUUUUUCAACCCCAACCCC